ACUUCCUUAUUUCUCUGCCGCUUCGGCUAGGGUUUUUUCCAGACUACCAUUAUUUUCUUCGUUACCAACAACACUUCACUCUCUUUCUCCCUACACUUUCCUUCUCUUUUCUUAUCUCCCGAACACCCUUUACACCCUCUCAAUCGCCUCCAAUCGCUGAUUCAUGGAUUCGAAUAAGCAAUAAGGGUUCCGUGGUUGCUGUUUUAGGUUGGUGGUGAGGGCUUUUCAAGGGGUUUUUCGGAUCGGAUUCUUUUUCGGGACUCUAAGAAAUGGCAACCGCGAACCCUUUUGACCUUUUGGGUGAUGAUGAUAACGAUGACCUCUCUCAACUCAUACAGAAGCUUCCUGUUCCCGCUGACACCAAGAAGCCCAUCGCUCCGGCUUCUCAGCCAGCUAAGCCUGCCAAGCUUCCCUCCAAGCCACUUCCUCCUUCCCAAGCUGUGAAGGAGUCUAGGAAUGAAGUUGGCCGUGGAGGUGGACGUGGUGGGGGACGUGGCUAUGGACGGGGACGUGGUGGUGCUGGUGGUUUCAAUCGGGAUUCUAAUGAGAAUUCCUUUGGCAACAAUGGGUUUUCUGGAGGGUACAGUAGACCAUCUGAAGAGGGAGAAGGGAAGACCUCUGAAAGGCGUGGCUAUGGUGCUCCUCGCGGUUCAUUCCGUGGUGGACGCCGUGGUGGUUUUAGCAAUGGUGAGGCUGGUGAAGGAGAACGUCCUCGAAGAUCUUAUGAACGUCGCAGUGGUACUGGACGUGGAAACGAGCUUAAGCGAGAAGGUGCUGGUCGUGGGAAUUGGGGAACAUCCACAGAUGAAAUUGCUCCUGAGGCUGAAGAGCCUGUUGCUGAAACUGAGAAAAAUGUUGAUGCUGAGAAGCCAUUGGGAGAGGAGGAAACUCCCGAUGCCAACAAGGAAAGUCCUGUGGCUGAGCCAGAAGAGAAGGAGCCUGAGGACAAGGAAAUGACUCUGGAAGAGUAUGAGAAGGUGCUUGAGGAGAAGAGAAAGGCUCUGAUUGCUUUGAGGACAGAGGAAAGGAAGGUUGAUUUAAAAGAGUUUGAAUCCAUGCAGCAGAUCUCAAGUAAAAAGGAGAAUCAUGACAUAUUUAUCAAAUUGGGAUCUGAGAAGGAUAAGCGCAAAGAAGCAGCUGAAAAGGAAGAGAAAGCGAAGAAGUCUCUUACCAUAAAUGAGUUCCUGAAGCCUGCUGAAGGUGAGAGGUUCUAUUCUGGAGGCCGUGGUCGUGGCCGUGGCCGUGGUUCGAGAGGUGGAUAUGGCGGUGGAUACGCACCUAGCAACGUGGCAGCCCCAUCCAUCGAAGAUCCCGGACAGUUCCCAACCCUGGGCGGUAAAUGAUUCUACUAGUUUCUCCCAUCAGCUCAGCUCUACGUUUCAUUCGUUUGGUGACUGAUAUUACAUGAAACGAUUUUGAGUGGUCAGCCCACAUGAUGAACUUUAAACCCUUUAUUGUUGUCUUUUUGUUUGAGUGUAAAUUUUAGAUGUUAUGUCUUGAACCAAGAAGUCAUGGAAUCAGUUUUGAUUUUAAAUAGGUUGAGAAUACAUUCAGUUAUUUUUAAUAUUUAGUAUUUGUUUUGCUCCUUUAUUUAUUCAUGAUUCUGUUUCUUAAGAGUAAUCGAUUCAAAGUAUUUUCUUUCA